AUGGGGUUUUAUCAUAUUAUAUGAUGCAAUAAGAAUCCCUUGGCCUAUCUCUCUUCUUCUCUCUGUAGCUAUGACUACCAGACGCUGGACUAUGACAUGAUGCUGAUCAAGCUGUUCCACCCUGUGGAGAUCACUGAUUACGUGAAGCCCAUCCCACUGCCCACCGGCUGCCCAAACGCAGGCCUCCCAUGCUCCGUCUCCGGCUGGGGCAACACCGCCACCGGAGAGGAGGGUGAGACGGACCAAAUACCCCUGCAUUUUACCUUUCCAAAACUAUAACCACAGAAAGUACACCCAAACACACUAUACCAAACAAACUUUACCAACAUUAAUUAUUCCCUCACUACCUUUAUCCACACACACUCUAACAACAAACACCUCACCUGGAGAAGAGGUUUGACUACGGAUAAAUUAUAUUAAAUGACUGAAUCUCCCUGUCUUUUGCUUCCUUCUCAGUAAACAUGCCCGCCCGUCUGCAGUGUCUGGACGUGCCCAUACUGGAGGAUGAGAAGUGUGAGAAGGCCUACCCUGGCAUGCUCACCCGCAGGAUGGUGUGUGCCGGAUACAUGGACGGAGGCAGAGACGUAUGCAACGUAUGUACAGUAUAUGACCUUUGCUAUCUUUGUUGUGCAGUCAUGUAGAAAACACAUUGGUACAUAUUAGGAUCAACCUGAAUAUUGAUUUUAACGUAGCGAGAACGGACGAGUAGGAGAUAGAGAAGAUCGAAGACCCAGCGCUGCGUCGGAGAGAGAGAGAGGCGAGAAGAGAGCGUAUUAUCGCUCUCUCUCUCUCUCUCUCUAUCAUCGCUCGCUCUUCUCUCUAUAUCGAUCGCUCUCUAUCGCUCGCUCUCUCUAUUUCUAUCUCUCACUGCUCUCUCGCUAGAGCGAUCUCUCUCUCUCUCUCUCUCUCUCUCAGGGGGACUCUGGCAGUGGUCUGGUGUGUUUGGGUGAGGUCCAUGGCCUGGUGUCCUGGGGUCAGGGCUGUGCCGUGCCCGGAUACCCCGGAGUCUACGUCAAAGUCUGUGAGUUCCUCCCCUGGAUCGAUGAGACCAUGAAGGCCAACAUGUAACACCGCUAGCUGCUUUCCUCCCUGUCUCUCAGACCUCCACUCCUCUCCCUCCAAACUCUUCCUCUCUCUCUCGUUCUCCUCCUAGUUCAAUACUAGAGUGUAAGCAUGUCAAACACAAUAAAGCCUGAAGUUACACGAUCUUCCGUCUGUCUGUCUUAGGAACUACACUUUCAUUACUAUGUGCAUUUUUAUUGGUAUGAUCAGUGGGCAAACUUCUGAGUACAUUUUAACAACUUGAGAGAGGUGCAACAUUUUUAUUUGGGUUUCAUGUUUGACCAUAUUAACAUCAAACUAUAGUAUGUAGGCUAUAUACAGUACUAGCCAUACAUCCUGGACAAAGUUCUGAGGGACCUGUCAUUGGAACUGUGCUGCAGCUAACCCUGUUUGCUGUGCAGCAGAGGGCAUUAGUGAGUUGUUCCAUCUCUCUGUCCUUCUUCAUUCACUUUGAUGUCAUUAUUAGUAGAUCAAUAGGGCAUUCUCCCUCCAUAUUAAGGCAUACAUUAGAUCCAGAUACAUUAGAUUAACAAUGGCUGUUUUUCAGGAACAGUGCAAAUUGACCUUUCUUAUUCCUAUUAUCCAUCCAUUCUUGAGUCAGUCAGUUUGAGAUUUUGUGCUUAUCUUUUCUCCCAGUGUCAGGAGGACAUGGUUCUCUCCCGCUCUCUCUGGCUGAACCCGAGCUCUGCCGUCCUUUCACCCCUUUCUUUAUGUCUCUUCUUCGGUUUCACUGAAUCUGAGGCCCCUACCCAGGCUGCUCCACCUUCAAGGUACAUUAUAUAUAUAUAUAUAUAUAUAUAGAGAGAGAGAGAGAGAGAGAGAGAGAGAGGGGUUAGUGAGGGGUCAACUAACUCUCAGUGUGUGUUACAGUAAGUGGAGAAGCCCCUGUAAAAUAGCUUAUUAUUGUAUAGAACAGCCCUCCACUCCCUCUCCCCCCUCCUCUCUGAUACUCACCCUCUCCACAGGACUGGGGGGAGGAGGAGGGGAGGUUUGGCUCUGAGACAGACUCCUGACUGUUACACAGAGAACAGAACAACAGCAUUCACCACCGUCAUGUUUUAA